GAAAAUAAAUCAUUUUCCUAGCCAAAACACUUUAAAGGUGCAGCCUACUUUCUCAAAUGAAGACAAUCAUGGCAAAGAGUUCCCAAGAUUUGUCCUCUAAGAAACAGUUCAACUGGAGAACUAAAGUCAGCAAUGAAGAACAACAACACGAAGUAGUUGAAGAAGAUACAUCUGUUAAAAUCUCAUCAAACACAAACAACACGAAAGAUGGAAAAACAGUCACUCCUUUGAAACUCCCAGAAGUCUCAAUAUCCAAAUCUCCUUCCUUAAACACUAUCCAUGAAGAGAAGAGAGACGACGCGAAGUUAAUUCAAGAAUCAGAAACAUCAGCUUCAGCAUCUGCAUCAACAAGGAGGAAAGCAGUAGUAGCCAAGCUGAAAUCAGUACUAACAUCACUUGGUAAAAACAGAGGAAAUUUCCAACAAGGCUUAGGAACCAAAGUUGUGGGUACACUUUUCGGGCACAAAAACGGGCAUGUACAUUUUGCAUUUCAGAAAGAUGCCAAUUCACAACCAGCCUUCUUGGUAGAACUCGCGACGCCCAUAAGUGGACUAGUCCAAGAAAUGUCAUCCGGGUUGGUUAGGAUUGCAUUGGAAUGUGAUAAGACAGACGAGAAGAAAUCAACUAGACUCAUAGAUGAGCCUUUAUGGAGGACUUAUUGUAAUGGGAAGAAAUGUGGUUUUGCAACAACAAGGGAAUGUGGUCCAAAAGAAUUGCAGAUUUUGAAAGCUGUGGAGCCUAUCUCUAUGGGUGUUGGAGUUUUACCGCGGAACGAAGAAGAGAGUGAUGAAUGUGAUUCAGGGGAUGUGAUGUACAUGAGGGCUAAAUUUGAAAGAGUUGUGGGGUCUAGAGAUUCAGAGGCAUUCUAUAUGAUGAAUCCUGAUUGUGAUGGAGCUGCUGAACUUAGUAUUUACUUGCUCCGAGUCUAGUUAAGUAGACUCAGACAAGAUUCAUAUAGCCAACUCCAACUUGUCUGGGAUUGAGACGUAUGUUUGUUAAUAUAGUCAUGUUAUGUCUUUACUUUCUGUUUUCGGUUUUCAGAAGAAAAUCCGGUAGGAGAUUGGAAACUGGUUGAUGUGUUUCUUUAGUUUUUUCUUUCUUGGGUGAAAUGGGAGAUAUAUAUUACUGAUAUAACCAAAUUAUACUUGCAGUUUCACU